AUGGCUUUUAUCCACUGCGGCUCUGAAGAAUGCACUAAAUCUGAACUUGAUCUAUUCAACAUUGGCCCCACACAGACCAGUAUUGAGAGAAGUUUGUUUAUUGAGGUACCACCCUUGUCAGCCCUUACAGACACGGCACCCCUCGAUUUCUUCAUUGCCGGAAAUGGUGAAGAUUACAUGGACUUAAAUAACACCUUACUCUAUGUGUGUUGCAAAAUUGUCAAUCCUGACGGAACCAACCUUGCUGCAGCUGCAGAGGUAGGCCUGGUGAAUUAUCCAAUAGCCUCCCUCUUUAGUCAGCUGGAUGUGACACUUGGUGAUCGUUUAAUAAGCCAAAGCAAUAAUUCAUAUCCGUAUAGAGGUUAUUUUGAAGCUGUGUUGAACUACAGCGAGGAUACCCUAGCAACACAAUUCUCUGCUGGGCUCUUUUACAAAGAUAUACUGGGGGAACUUGAAUCUGCAGAUCUGGAUGGCAACAAUACCGGGUUUAUUAGAAGAGCAAAUCUGACUGCUCAAAGCCGGAAAAUAGACCUGUUGGGACACCUCCACGCCGACCUGUUUUUUCAGGAAAAGCUGUUGUUAAAUGGGGUUGAUGUGAAAAUUAAACUUACCCGCAGCAAAGAUGCAUUCUGCUUAAUGUCAGACGUUGCAAACACCCCUUACAAACUACAAAUUUUGUCAGCCUCGCUUUUUGUUAAAAAAGUGAGAGUUGCACCUGGUGUUCGUUUGGGUCAUGCAGAAGCCCUGUUGACAGCUAAUGCCAAAUAUCCUGUGGAUCGUGUGAGCAUGAAAGUGUUUAGCAUUCCAAGGGGAAGUCGUGUCGCCAACCAGGAAAACCUGUUUUUGGGGCAAUUACCUAAACAGGUAAUUAUAGGCAUGGUGGAUAAUGAUUCUUACAGCGGCGAUUAUCAUAAAAACCCAUUUAAUUUUCAACAUUUUUAUACAAAUUUUGCUGCCCUUUACCUGGAUGGAGAACAGAUCCCCACGAAACCGUUCCAGCCCUCCUUCGAAGAGGGGCACUGUGUUAGAGAAUACAUGAGUCUCGUACAGGCCGCUGGCAAACAAAUGAAAGAUAGGGCUCUUUUAAUUGACCGCGAGGACUAUGCUAGAGGUUACACCCUUUUUGCAUUUGAUCUGACACCCGACCAAGAAGGCGGAGACCACUAUUCUUUGAUUAAAACUGGAAACCUGAGGGCCGAAUUUCGCUUUGGUAGAGCCCUGGCUGACACAAUCACCAUGAUCGUGUAUGGUGUUUUUGACAAUGUGAUAGAGAUAAACCAUAGAAGAAAUGUCCUGUUUGACUAUAUGUAA